AUGGUCAAUUGGACCAACGCUCGAGAUAUAAUAGCUUUUUGGCUACUAGGGUUGUGUAACAAUUACGGGUAUGUCAUUAUGUUAUCAGCUGCGGAAGAUAUUCUAGAUAAUCAAAAAGGGACCGGCUCGACGAAUACCAGUAACACCUGUGAGACCGGUUUAACGAGUAGACACUGUAACUCUGUUUCUGCUGGAGCUGUCCUUCUAGCUGAUAACCUCCCAGCGUUGGUCGUGCAAACCACGUUUCCAUUUUUUAUGCAUCGAUUUCCAUUUGGAUUCCGAGCAGUUAUAGUUUUCGUCCUACAAGCAGCUUCAUAUUUCAUAGUUGCAUAUUCUGGAAGCAUUGCAAUGUCCCUAGCAGGAGUAUGUAUGGCAUCGUUGGGUCAGGGAAUCGGAGAAAUUACGUUCUUGGCGAUGGCAGCGCAUUAUGUACCAAUACUCAGCAAAACAUGUAUGAAAACAGUGAAACAGGCGUUGAAGCAUACUGAUGGUAGAUCGGAUUAUUUUAGAUUCUUGAGCAAUGAUGCAGCAGCUUCAAUUAGACCAGAAAAGGAACAUUCCAUUACAGAAGUGCUGUCCCUCGACGACUUUGGGCUGCUCUCCAGCAAUAGGUCUCAAUCCAUUGAGUCUAUGAGUUCUACUGGCGACACAUUCUUAGAGCAUCUCUUCAGGAACGAUACUCUGAAUGCUUUUUCAAAUGUUCAAAUCCCAACCACUAUGUCAACCCGCGAGCUUGGUGGUUCUAGUGAUGUUUUUGGAUACGACUACGUUUCGGAACUUUUGUCGGAAGGUGCCAUUCCCGAGGAGAUUGCUGAAGAUCUUGCAAUGGAACCAUCAACUUCUGAAACGGAAAUUACGUCAUAUUUUGCUGAUUCUGCACGCUACCAUAAUGACCAAGAACCGGGCACCUCUGGUUUGGAAGUCACAUCUCUUCCAUUCCUUAUUCCGAAUCUUGAUGACCAUGUUCUUGAGGAAAACGAUAAGAAAGCCACCAGAAUAUUGAUAUCGGAAAAGCUGCGUCGAGAAAGAAAACUGAAUCUGUCAACAACAGCACCCUUGGAAUCUCCAGAAGAUACCGUAACUCCGCUAUUUCACUCUCCCAUGACAUCAGGAAUUCCCAAUUUUGGCGAAAUGCUCUUUCCUGAUAACAUCCCCAUGGAAUCUUACACGAGCCAAUGGAAAGAUGGCGAAGCUCCAGAAGUGAUUUCCACGAAAGCUUAUUCAAACAACUUUCCCACUCUCGAUGCUCCUACGGAAUUUUCAUUAGAUGUUUUGGAAGGCAUCAUGACAGAAGGUUCGAUGGCAGAGCUACUUGAAGAACUCAGAACCUUUGAACGUUGGCCAGAAUGGAUUUUUACUGGAGAUCGGAGGACACUCACUAGAGCCAACGGAGUUCUUCGUUAUGUUGUUCAAAACAGUUUAGAUCUUAAUGAAGCGAAGGAAGUACUUUAUAACUUCACUUCUUCUCAUAUUCGAGCAGUGGUUCCCGACGAUGUCCUCCUUCAUUUUACUGUAAAAUCAAUAAACUCUUCUUCCAACGUAGCGGAAAUUGCUUCCCAGUUGGAGGAUUCGAAUAGAAUUGCUUUGUCUCGUGAAUUAAGACCGGACCGUUCACUUGUAGAAGCACAGCUAAUUGAUUUGUACACAGCAGCGAUCAAGAAAUGCCCAAAAACCUCAUCGACAUUGUUAGCUCUUUGUUCCAAGUUGAACUUCGAUCGUUCCGCUGAAAUUUUCAUGAAAUGCUAUGGAGAAGUACAAGCAUUUGCUGGAAACUUUCUGACAUCGUUUGACGGAUGGAAGAAGCUAUCGACAAAGUAUGGAACUCAAAAAGGAAUUGAAAACUACUGGACAGCUGCAUUGGACAGUGAAGGUUCGAUGGAAAAACGUGUCGAGGCACUUCUCGUGUACUCAGCGAAGACUGAGCAUCCAUUUUCCACGAUGGCUCGAAUGAUCUGCACUUUCGUAAAACUCGACCAACUCGACAAAGGACUUGAAGUAUUUCAAGCUGUUUCAGUUUCUGGUAAACAUUUCAUGGAGUCACUUGCUGCAUUCGUUAGACAGAAAGAUUUGGAUUCUAUCGAACGUUUGGCGACACUCAUCGAGAGAGGAAUGAUCGCGGAGAGACGCCGAGGCGGCCGGCAGCAGGCAGUCAACAAAAGCGAAAUAGAGGGAGAGAAAAAGCUGUUGCUAAGCGAGAACGUUCAUGCAGCCCUUGCGAAGUUCUAUGGAGUGAGUGGUCAUAAGAAAUCCAAGUUUGUCGAUAAGAAGCUCAAGAAAAAGAUCCAUCGCGUCGACGAAGCACAACUUCAUGACUUGUGCAAAUCCAUUCAAAAGGCAUGGAUUCAAUGUGCCGAUAACAAAGAAUCUGUUGAUCGUCUUGUAGCCUGGUGUCAAUCAAAUCGUGUCGAAAUUGAUGAUAAACUCCAGAAGAAAAUUUCUUCUUUCUCUGAAUAG